AUUACUGUUUUUGUUACUCGAAACUUCAUUCCGACAACUACGAAUCAGCAAUCAUGAGUGGACGUGGUAAAGCAGGUAAAGCCAAGGGCGGCAAGUCCUAAACCAGAUCGUCUCGCGCUGGACUCCAAUUCCCCGUCGGUCGUAUUCACCGUCUGUUGAAAAAAGGAAACUACGCGGAACGUGUAGGUGCUGGUGCGCCGGUCUACCUAGCUGCCGUCAUGGAGUACUUGGCCGCCGAAGUUUUGGAAUUAGCCGGUAACGCUGCCCGCGACAACAAGAAGAGUCGUAUCAUUCCCAGACAUUUACAACUAGCUAUCAGAAACGACGAAGAGUUGAACAAAUUGUUGAACGGUGUAACCAUCGCCCAAGGUGGUGUGUUGCCCAACAUCCAGGCCGUUCUUUUACCCAAGAAGACUGAUAAAGCAAAGACUGCUUAAUCGUCACACCCCUACCAUUUGAUUCUCACCCUUUAAAACGGCCCUUUUCAGGGCCUACUAAUUU